AUGAAUAACAGCAGCAACACUACUAGUCUUCUUCAAGAAGCUCAAGCCAGUGGGUUGUUAAACGAGCGGGUGUGCUCAAUACUCCUCUUUCUCAACUGGUCUGUUCUUUGCGCCAUCAUCGCCGUCUUUGGCAUUGUUGCAAACAUCAUCAACAUCAUCGUCUUCAUCAAGAUGGGCGUCCGAGGCACGGCGGUGAACCUCUCCUUAUUGUGCUUAUCCGUGGCUGACCUUGGCAGCCUUCUCCUAUUGGCCUGGAUUUCUUUGGCGUCCAACCCUUUAUUCACGUCACUGGAUCUGCCAUUUAUUCCCCUCAACGUGGCGUAUGUCACUGGCGGCUGGCCUCGCUUGUGUUUUGUCAGAACAUCUGGCGGGAUCACUGCCUUCGUGACCCUGGAGCGUUGUCUGUGUAUCAAAACACCCCUGCGUGUUCACAGAAUAUUCACCCCGAAAAGAACAGCCAUCUGCCUUGCUGCUAUAUUCUUCCUUAUGCUACUGUCCGCACUCCCAGCUUUUGCCUACAUCGACCUCGCUCCUAUCUUCGAUCCUGAGAAGAACAAGACGCUGAUCGGAACGGUUUACAACGACAAAGAAAAUACCAUCAAACCCGUUGUUACGGUAGCGGGUUUCGUUGUCACGACAGGUUCUUUCCUCUGCGUCUCCGUGUUCUCAGCUGUCUUGAUUCACGCACUUAUUCAGCGUCGCCAAAAGUGGGAGUGUUCCAAAAAUGUUUACACGCUGCAAACCGGCGCCGCCCGAUCAUCAAGAAGCAUGCCGACACAGAACAAAGACAUGCAGGUAGCCAAAAUGAUAUUGCUCAUCGCUGCAGUGUUCAUCACUUGCUUCGUGCCCCACGGCGCCAUUUUUCUUAUCAUGGAAUUAGUAGAGGAGUUCAACACGGGUAAAGCUUACCACAACCUAUUUACUGUCUGUAUAUCUUUUAUCCACAUCUUCGAAGGUGUCAGCUUCGCUAUAAACAUUCUGCUGUACAUCAAAUUGAGUUCAAAGUUCAGGCAUACCAUCAGAGCUUUGUUUCUUCCCCUGAAGCAAACGAGCCCAGUCUGA